AACAGACUACAAGGUCCUGGUGAGAAACACGACCUCUGGAAAUGUCACGGUGGAAAAGAUCCCUGUUGGCACUGACAUCGAAGGGAUGAACAUCCUUGGCCUGGUGAUGUUUGCUCUGGUUCUAGGAGUGGCGCUGAAGAAGCUUGGCCGCGAAGGGGAAGAUCUGAUUCGCUUCUUCAACUCCUUCAAUGAGGCCACUAUGGUCUUGGUUUCUUGGAUUAUGUGGUAUGUUCCUGUUGGCAUUAUGUUCCUUGUUGGGAGCAAGAUUGUGGAAAUGGAAGAUAUUAUGCUUCUGGUGACCAGUCUGGGAAAAUACAUCUUCGCCUCUAUUCUGGGCCACUUCAUCCAUGGAGGAAUCAUCCUGCCACUUAUUUAUUUUGCAUCCACACGCCAAAAUCCUUAUCGCUUUCUCUUAGGACUCAUCACGCCACUUACCACUGCUUUUGCCACUUGCUCCAGCUCAGCCACUCUCCCAUCGAUGAUCAAGUGUAUUGAGGAAAACAACGGAGUUGACAAGAGGAUCAGCAGGUUUAUCCUUCCUAUUGGGGCCACGGUGAACAUGGAUGGAGCUGCUAUUUUCCAGUGCAUGGCAGCCGUGUUUAUUGCUCAGCUGAACAAUGUUGACCUCAACGCUGGGCAGAUCUUCACCAUUCUCGUGACAGCCACCGCGUCCAGCGUGGGCGCAGCGGGCGUCCCGGCCGGAGGAGUGCUCACCAUCGCCAUCAUCCUGGAGGCCAUCGGCCUUCCCACCAACGACCUCUCCUUGAUCCUGGCGGUGGACUGGAUUGUGGACCGAACCACCACAGUUGUGAACGUGGAAGGAGAUGCCCUAGGAGCAGGUAUCCUUCAUUACCUGAACGAGAAAGCCAAGAAAGAAAAAGAACAGGAAUUAAAGGAAGUCAACGUGGAAGCCAUUCCCAACAGCAAGUCGGAAGGGGAAACGUCCCCGUUGGUAACUCACAAAAACCAAGUCCCCAGCGCAAGCAGCACGGCAGAGCCCGAAUCCAAGGAGUCGGUGUUGUGAGCG